UUGUCUUCCUGUAAACGCCAAGUCUGCCAUGAGGCUCCGGACGCUCCUCCUCACUGUGUCCAUCCACGGGAUUGUGAUGUUUCUGCAUGUUCUGGGAAAACUCAAGGAUAACGUCAACGAAAUCAACCAGUGCUGGGUACAGCCUCCAAAAUCAUUCUGUGGGUCAAGGUGCACGAGGGUGCUGAGAUGUUUGAGACCAAACCAGACGUGCUGCUGGACGUACUGCGGAAACAUCUGCUUGGACGAUGGAGAACCCUUUAAAACACUGAUGAAACUCUAGCUAGUUUCUGUGUGGUCCACCGCUGGUGUAGGUUGGAGCGUGACUGUGUCUGGAAGGAACACUGCCUGCUCCCUAUGGGGACACUCACUCCAGC